AUGGACGAUUUUCCGAUGUACAUCGACGACGGCGCGGAAUCGCUCACUUUUGUCGACAGCGACGACGAGCGGAUGACGCCGGCGACCCAGGAUUCGCACUACGACUUUGGCGAGGGCUUCAGCGUCCCCACGCAAAUGUCUCAGGUGCGUUAUUCAAUUUUUCACAAAAAUAAUUAUUUCAAUGUUCAGGCGACCGACAUCGUUCCAGGCGUGGACUGUGCCAGCGAUUUGCAAUUCCACGAUGUCGAGGACGAGUCGGACAGCGAAAAGAGUGUCCCGGAGGGCGAGACACAGCUGCCCGAGCACGCGUGCCGCUAUUGUGGCAUCUCGGACCCUCUGUGCGUGGCCAAGUGCACUGUCUGUUUCAAGUGGUUCUGCAAUUCAAACAGCGGGACCGCAGGCAGUCACAUUGUCCACCACAUGGUCCGAAGUCAGCACAGAGAGGUAAAUACGAGAGAAAAUUAGGGAUUUUCCUAGAAGAGCUUGCAAAAAACCACGAUUUCCAUGUUUUUUUUUGUGAUAAAACUACUGGAAUCCUCAAUUUUCCCUAAAAGUCAGUCUAAAAAAAUCUGGAUUUGCAGGCCUACACGCACAAAGAUUCGCCUUGCGGAGACACUCAACUCGAAUGCUACCGGUGCUGCUCGAAAAACGUUUUCAAUUUGGGAUUCAUCCCCGGAAAGAAGGAUCAAGUCGUCGUGAUCAUCUGCCGAACACCGUGCGCCAACCAAACAUUCCAAAACGAUGACAAUUGGGCGCCGGAGGACUGGAAGUCGAUCAUUGCGGAGAAACAAUUGCUCUCGUGGAUAGUGAACGUGCCGAGCGAGGAGCAAAUGGCCAGAGCACGCAAAAUCACGUAAGCAGCGGGGGAAAUUGCGAAAAUUCACGACAAACAACAUUAUUUUGCACAAGAAGAAGCAUGAACAACCUAGGAAAAUGCCCAUUUUUCUCAAUUCUAUGAUUUUCAGUACUUCGCAAGCGCUGCGACUGGAAGAACUGUGGCGCGACAUGCCGGACGCGACGAUCGACGACUUGAACAAGCCGGGACUGGAUCGGGAGCCGGAUCACGUGCAGUUGCGGUACGCGGACGCCCACGAGUACAACAAGGUGUUCGGGCCGUUGGUGGCGAUCGAGGGAGAGUACGACAAGCGGCUGAAGGAGUCCGCCUCGCAGGCGGUCGGCACCGUCCGUUGGGAGCAUGGACUGCGCCAGACGGUCCUCGCAUACUUCCAUCUCCCCAAGUUCUCAGACGGAUGUGAGUUUGGGGCUGGAAAAGGCGGAAAAUUCGGGAUUUGUUGCGGAAGAAAUAGGAAAAACGCGGAUUUUUGAGAGAUUUUAGAUUAAUGUUUGUAAUUUGUUUUAUGUUUUUCAGGCAUGAAAUUGAUGAAGGGAGACGAACUGCGAUUGAAGCACAAUCAGACGGUCGACGGUUCCGAGUGGAGUGUGAUCGGAAGCGUCGUCAAGAUUCCCGAUAGUGAGUUUACGUUUUUGGGCAUUAUUACCAAAUUGCAAAGUUGUUCGAAAAUUGAGAAUUUUUGGGGAUACUCAAAUAGCGUAACGCAAUUAUUCGAUAAUUUGCAGAUCACAGCGAUGAAGUCGGAAUCGAGAUUCGGCGUCAAGUGGAGAAGUCAGUGAUGGAGUCGCGCAUCAUGUUCACGUGCGACGUCGUCUGGAAUUCGGUCACUUUCGACCGUCAGCACAAGGCCUUGCAGCUGCUGAAGGAGGACGACUCGUGCCUUUCGACGUACCUAUUCAAGAAGAUCAUGGGCCACCAGUCGGACGAGAUGAUGCUCAAGUUCGACCUGCCGCGCCGGCUCUCCGUUCCCGGCCUGCCCGAUCUCAACAGUUCGCAAAUGCAGGCAGUCAAGCAGGUGCUGACGCGGCCUCUAAGUCUCAUCCAAGGACCGCCCGGCACCGGAAAAACUGUCGUCUCCGCCUCGAUAGUUUAUCAUUUAGUGCAAAAAACCGAGGGAAUUGUGCUCGUGUGCUCGCCCAGCAACAUUGCCGUCGAUCAUUUGGCCGAGAAGAUCCACAAGACGGGCCUUAAAGUGGUGCGACUGUGCGCGAGAUCUCGCGAGAACACGGACACGACGGUCCAAUUUCUGACGCUCCACCACCAGAUGCGCGUGAUGGCCGGACCCGAGCUCCAGAAGCUCAUCCAGUUAAAGGAGGAGAUUGGAGAGCUCGUGCAGAAGGACCACGAACGAUUUACGCAGCUGAAAAGGGUGAAGGAGCACGAGUUGCUAGCCGCCGCGGACGUCAUUUGCUGCACGUGCUCCACGGCCGCCGAUGCCCGGCUCAAACAGAUCCGGACGAGAACCGUGCUCAUUGACGAGAGCACUCAGGCCACCGAACCGGAGAUCCUCAUUUCGAUCGUGCGAGGAGUUCGUCAGUUGAUCCUUGUGGGAGAUCACUGCCAACUGGGACCGGUGGUCACGUGCAAAAAGGCCGCCGUGGCCGGACUCAGCCAAUCGUUGUUCGAACGGCUCAUUUUGCUUGGAAUUCGGCCGUUCAGAUUGCAGGUUUGUGCGAAGUUUGGUGACAAAUGGAUAAUUGUCUCGGAAAUCUCCAGAAAAACAGUUUUUCACCGUUUUUCUGGACCGUUCUUUUACUAUAACGUUUCUGUUCAAUUUCAGGUCCAAUACCGCAUGCAUCCGGUUCUCUCGGAGUUCCCCAGCAACGCGUUCUACGACGGAAGCCUGCAGAAUGGAGUCACCGAGAGUACGUGGAAAAUUUUUGAAUUUGUCUAAAAUUCUGCAAGAAAAGCAUAUAGAAUGGGCCAAAACCUACCAAUUUUUGCAGACGAUCGCAAAAUGAAGGGCAUCGACUGGCACUGGCCGACGCCGGACAAACCGGCCUUCUUCUGGCACUGCUGCGGCGCCGAAGAGCUCUCUGCGUCGGGCACCUCGUUCCUGAACAGAACGGAGGCGGCGAAUGUGGAGAAGCUCGUGUCGAAGCUGAUAAAGGGCGGCGUGCAGCCGGGACAGAUCGGAGUGAUCACGCCGUACGAGGGACAGCGCAGCUUCAUCGUCAACUACAUGCACACGCAGGGUACCCUCAACUCCAAGCUCUACGAGAACAUUGAGAUUGCGAGUGUCGACGCUUUUCAGGUACGGUUCUGGACGGGACAUCGGGAGAAGUUGGCGAAUUUAUGUGAAAUUUUACAGGGCCGCGAGAAGGACUACAUUAUUGUGACGUGCGUCCGUUCGAACGAACUUUCGGGAAUCGGAUUCCUAAGCGAUCCGCGCCGUCUGAACGUGGCGAUCACGCGCGCAAAAUACGGAAUUGUGGUGGUCGGAAACGCGAAAGUGCUGGCGAGACACGAGCUGUGGCACGAGCUGAUCAACCACUACAAAGAGAAGGAGCUGCUGUACGAGGGACCGAUUAGCGCCCUCAAACAAGUGAAUCUGGCACUGCCGAAGCCGACGCUCAAGGCCCGGAACAACAUUGCGGUGAGUUUGGGAUUCUUCUGGAAUUUCUAGAAAUGUUUGUUGCAGGGCAACACGACAAAGUUCGGAAUCCGGCGGAUGCAAUACACGUACAACGAGUACAAGAACCUGGAUCCGUCGCAGCCGCGCCUGCCGCCCACGUACGCAAACUCGCAGAAUCUGCUGAGCAUGAGUCGCCUGGGCCGAGAACUGAACUCGCACAUUCCCGUUCCCGCGCACAUGAUCGACCCGCUCAUCUAUUCGGCACGCACGCAGAAGGGUACGACCUUUGUUUCCUUAUCCGAGUGAAAAACAUCUUUUUUGUUUCAGAUCGUCGCCGCGAGCAACGUCGUCAGGCGGCGGAGGCGUCUUCCGCGAUGGACUUCUCGCAGGACAUGUCCCAAUCGCAGUCGUCUCAGUACGCGCACGCAUCGCAGACGCACUCGCAGUACACGCAGGACGGCAACGCGUCGCUCCUCUCCGGCUGGUCCCAGUCGUCGCAAUCGAACGGGAAAGCCGCGAAAAGCGGUGGAGCCUAUCAGCACGUGGCCACGCAGCCAAUGACGCAGGACAUGGACGAGAUGGAACAGAAAAUGACGGAUUUGCUGCUCUCGCAAGACAUUUGA